AAUAAAAAAAUAUCUAUGAGUAGAAAUUAGCGUCGAACUCGAAGCGAAGCCGAUACAUUUUGAGGUUAUAUUUUGUAUUUCUUGUUAGCCGAUAUUAAAAACCUGCAAAAAUGGCGGCUGCUAUGCCAAUAAAUCCCAAACCAUUUCUUAAUAGUCUAACGGGUAAAUCCGUGCUAGUUAAAUUAAAAUGGGGUCAUGAAUACAAAGGUUUGUUAGUAUCAACAGAUGGCUACAUGAAUUUGCAACUUGCUAAUACUGAAGAACUUGUCGAUGGAACUUGUACAGGUUAGUAUUUAAGUGAACAACUUUAA